CUCAGAUUGCACAUGUGAGAAUAGGAGCUGUUGGAGGGGGGGAAGAUAAAUUCAUCCUUCACAAUGGACUCUGUUUUCUUCCUGAGCAUCAGGCGCUGAUUUAUAUGCCCCGUACUCCGUAUUUUUGGUUGCAUUGUCUUGGUCGAUCACCGAAACCCCCCUGUUGACACUUUCCCACCGUACCCCUGCUCAAACAUCUUCAGUAACAUCUCCUUGCAGUCAGGCCUGUCUCAUUAUCGCAAGGACUUCCGACUAAAAAGGGCGAUCUUGCGGGACUUGCUGUAGUCGAUUGUCAGGAUUAAAAACCAGAGAGAUACCCCUCAGAGCCAGCGUUCUUUCACCCAUCACUCCAUUUUUUCAAAAAAUCAACCACAAUGGCGACGAACAUCACAUUCCACGCAGCUGCCUUUACCCGCGCUGAGCGCACCAAACUCCGAGGACAGCGUGGUCUCACCAUCUGGCUUACCGGUCUUUCUGCCUCCGGCAAAUCCACCGUCGCCGUCGACCUCGAACAUUAUCUCAUUUCCGAGCGCGGGGUAGCAGCCUACCGCCUCGAUGGAGACAACAUCCGCUUCGGUCUCAACAAGGAUCUCGGUUUCAGCGAAUCAGACCGCAACGAGAACAUCCGACGCAUUGCAGAGGUCGCCAAGCUCUUCGCCGAUAGCAGCACCGUCGCCAUCACAUCGUUUAUCUCUCCAUACCGAAAGGACCGCGAUACGGCGCGGGCUCUGCACGAAGCUCAGGCUGAAGGAGAUGACAGCCUACCGUUCGUCGAAGUCUUCAUUGACGUUCCCGUCGAGGUUGCCGAGCAGAGAGAUCCAAAGGGCCUGUACAAGAAGGCCAGAGCUGGUGUGAUCAAGGACUUCACCGGAAUCAGCGCCCCAUAUGAAGAGCCAUUGAAGCCGGAGGUCCAUGUUCGCAAUGUUGAUAUCCCCGUGAGACAAGCUGUGGAACAGAUUGUCGCAUACUUGGAUGAGAAAGGCUACCUUCCACCCAAGCCUGAGCCAAAGAACUAAGCCUUUGUUUUUCCUUUAUUUUGUCCUGUUAUGAUAGACACAUCUGUAUAGAA